GCCAUUCUUUAUAAAUACACACACAAUAAUCAUCAUUUCAUCGUCUACUACAACUACGUACGGAAAAGUGUCGACGCCGCUAUUCAAUUUAGCUUAAAAAGUCUUUGUUUUAAUUAGCGAAAACUUAUCAAAUAUAAAGUGAAAAUGUCUAGUUUACCGAGUAAACGCGCAAAAUUAGAAGAGGGCACACUGGAUGAAGCAGAAACGGAGACAUUGGAAUUAAUCGAUGCUUGCCAAAAUGAAAUUGAUGCCCUCAACGAAAAGGCAAGCGAGGAAAUUCUCAAAGUUGAGCAAAAGUACAAUAAGCUGAGAAAGCCUUGCUACGACAAACGCAGCGAACUUGUUAAGCGUAUUCCCAGAUUUUGGGUGACAACACUGAUGAACCAUCCGCAAGUGUCCGGAAUACUGGAUGAGGGUGAAGAAGAUUGCCUGCAGGCUUUAAGUAAACUGGAAGUUGAAGAAUUUGAAGACAUCAAAUCAGGUUAUCGUAUACAUUUUUAUUUUGACGAAAACCAAUAUUUUGAAAAUAAGGUCCUGACGAAAGAAUUCCAUUUGGGCUCCGGAUCUGCUGAAAAUAGUGACUGUCCAUCCUCCUCUAGCACUCCAAUACAAUGGAAAGAGGGUAAAAACUUAUUGAAGGUCUUAUUAUCAAAACCAUUUAAUAAUAAGAAAAAGCGAAAUUCCGAGUAUAAAACCUUUUUUGAUUGGUUCACUGAUAACAGUGAUCCUGUCAAUGAUGAAAUUGCCGAAUUAAUCAAAGACGAUCUUUGGCCGAACCCUCUGCAGUAUUAUCUGGUACCUGAUAUUGAGGUGGAGCCAGAUGAUGACGACGAGGAGGAUAAUGAAGACAAUGAAGAGGAAAAUUUUGAUGAUGAGGAUGGUGAUGGUGAAGAGGAUGAAGAAGACGGUGAAGACAAGUAGGGGCAAAAAGGAAUUUUAAAUAAAUAAUUUAAAAUCAACUUUAAUCUAAUGUGAGAACCGUAUAAACUUAUAUAUUUGAAAAGUAAAUAAACUUGGUAUUAUAAUUUUACAAAAA